UGUAAGAAAAACUUCCUCGUCUCCCAUAUGUAAGCGUGACUUUCAGCGCCUUCCUGACCUGAGCCGAACAACUGAGCCGCGUUAGCUUUGAAAAAUGUUAAUUUUAUCAAACAGGAUAAAGUUAUGUUCUCUGGCGUUUACCGCCGCGCGUAUGUACAGCAGCGGCCCAGCAGUUGCUAACAGCAACCCGACGGUUUACUUUGACAUUGCUGCAGACAACGAACCUCUGGGCAGAGUAACCUUUGAGCUCAACUCCGAAGUUGUGCCUAAAACCGCAGAAAACUUCAGGGCGCUGUGCACUGGGGAACAUGGUUUUGGUUACAAGGGAUCAAUUUUCCACCGGGUGAUACCUAACUUCAUGUGCCAGGGGGGAGAUUUCACAAACCACAAUGGAACUGGAGGGAAGUCUAUCUAUGGAUGGAAGUUCCCCGAUGAGAACUUCAAACUGAAGCACACUGGACCUGGGAUCUUGUCCAUGGCCAAUGCUGGACCCAACACCAACGGAUCCCAGUUCUUCAUCUGCACCACUAAAACAGAAUGGCUGGAUGGCAAGCAUGUUGUCUUUGGCAGUGUGAAGGAGGGAAUGGAUGUGGUCAAGAAAGUGGAGUCUUUCGGUUCACGGUCUGGGCGAACCUCCAAGAGGAUCACUAUCACAGACUGUGGAGAGCUCAAGUAGACUUCAUGUGAGCAGUGGACACGGUCCUAGUCUCAUCUCCUGCUGUAAUUUCAAUGUGAGAGUGAAAGAGGCUCUUUCUUCAGUCAUGGUGCGAAGUGCUACCUCUCUUUGCUGACAAUAGAAAAUCUGAGAGCCAGUCUCAGUUUUUUUUUUUUUUUUUUUGUUAGUACUUGAAUUCAGUGACAACUAACGCACUUAACUAUGUCAUGCUAUAAAAUGUUCUAUUUGAAAGAGAGAAAUUAAUGCAUUCAUAUUCAAUUUAACAGGUUUGGAAAAGGGUGUUUAUUUGCAAAAAAAAUAAAAAGUUUUUUUCUAAAUAUAUGAGCUUGUUCUUAGCAUCUGUUUUUAUACUACAGGAACGUAGAUGUCAGAGCAUUAGAAAAAUCCCCAAAGGAAAAGUUUUGCACUUAAACAACUGGCUGAAAUAAUGUUUGAGGUAAAGGUGUGCCCAUUUAUUGGUUGAAGGUGAGUGUUUUUCAUCACCAGCUGCAGGGUGAGAUCAGUUUUUUUUUUUUGGUCAUUUUUUUUCCUCUCGCCCUUCUGCUUUCCUCAUCAGCUUGAGCUGACUAAUGAUCUUAUUCCACUUAAGUAUUUAUUCUGCUGAGGUCUGUCAAGAAGAAUUAAGGUCUGCAAUGUCAGAUGUAAUUAGUUCCGUGCAGGGAAAUGCUUCUUUUUGGGGGUCGAGCCAUUUUGUAUCAGAGCGUACUGUGAGUUCUGCCAGUGCUGGUAUUUAAGAAGGUAAUGAAGCCAAAUCUGAUAAGUCCAUUUUCCCAGAUGCA